GUGUUUUGACCCAUUGCGUAUGUUGUACGACUCCGUAGGAGAAAUAAUGCGCGAUAUUCAUGGUUCCCUCGCUUUCUCGGUUCGUCAAAGGCAAGGGCUGGUCCAAGCGUGUUGGUUGCAGUUGCCGUUUUCUCAAUAGCAGAUCGAUAUAUCUCGAUUGCGACGGAAGCACGUAAUGAUGGCAAUUGUAUCCUUGUUUAAGACUGCGCAAGAGUAGUAGGCAGGCCAUGGGCUGGCAGUCCUGAGACCAUCACGCGGCUAAUAUCGUGCUCAUCAUGAUGAAUACAUCUUUUCUCUACCAAUAUUUGCUCUCCACGAAAAUCCCUCAGAAAAAUCCAUUUCCCUCCGUUGGGGGGACACUGUGUCCACGCUCUACUCACGUUAGACUGCUCGACAUCAAAAAAAAGAAUAACCACUAUCUUUCUUUUCAGAGCGUUUGGAACUUCCCAGAGCCAGGACGAUGACCAUCUCAGCAUCCCAGAGGCAUCCUCUGGAUCUGUACCCAAGCGAAGAUGUGAUGUUGGAGGUCUACACUGACCUUCAAAGAGUCAUAGAGCUCAUCAACGAGUACUUGGGGUCCUUCCUGACCGGCGGCGAACAAUACAUAGCAUUCACACAGGUGUCCGACGCCGACUUCCUCGACUUCAAGAAAUGGGGAGCGUGUAAUCGCCCUCGUACGUUCCUAGUGCGAGUCUUCCCCGCUCACAAUACCCUCGUCAUCAAAUUCAAAUCGCCGCUAUGCGAGCGAGUCAGUGAGGCCAUGUACGAAAGGUUCUACAUUCGUAAAUAUCAACACCAUCACGGCCUCACUUCCGAUAUACUCUCUCACGUCGGCCCGACAAUAUACACGAUGCACAACGGACUGCGGCUAGAAGCAGAACAGGCGUAUAUCCCACUUGCAAGCAGACGACCCGAUAGUUACCCGUCACUCAUUAUGGAAUUCGGCGAUACGGCUUCCCUUGAUGCGCUUCGAGUCGAUGCGCGUCUGUGGCUGGAGAAUACCUCCAGCUUCACCCAUUUAGUCCUGGUAGUCGCCUUCUCUACCGAGGAGAUCGUGUUUGAGUGCUGGCAGCAGAUAGAUGGCAUUGCAGAAUGCACACAUGAGGUCAGCGUGGAGUAUGACACCGGAAGGGUUCGACAUGCGCCCUUGAUUAUACCGCUAGAGCUGAUCUUGGAUGAAAUGCCUCGCAUUCCGGGUAUAACCGAGGAUGCAACGAUUGCGUUUUCGGAUGAUGACCUUGUCGAUUUUAUGCAGGAGACUAUUCAUAGUGAAAGGCCAUGAAUGCUCUUGUUCACUUACUUGGUUGUUUUAGCAUCUUUUAGUUUUGUGCGCAGGUUUCC